GACCCGCUCCGCUCCUCCUCACUGCCGGGCUGAAGGGCACCGGCGACGGCCAGAGUUUCGCACCAUUCUCUUUCUGAAGCAAUGCGAAACGCACUUUUGUAGGUGUUUUGUAGAAGUUUUAACGCGGCGUUGAUGUGACGCGCUUCGCGGUUCGGAGCCAGCUCGUGCGCAGAGGCCGCUCAGGUGCGCUGCCGCCGCCGCCGCCGCCGCCGCUGCUGCACGAGGAAGUCCGCGUCGCGUCUCCAGCCCUCGUGCCACAUUACGUUAAAUUCACUGACCUGGACGCGGGACUGCACUUUUUCUCGCUCCUGCCUCGCGCUUCUGCUCGGUCCGUCCGAGCACGUUGGACUCGCGCAUCAGCUGGCGGCGUUUAAACAGGUUUCAGGAUGGAUGAGGCGGAGAAGUACAAACAGCGGCUGGAGGCUAUUGCUGAGAAGCGUCGGCUGCAGGAAGAGCAGGAAAGAGCCAGGAGAGAGGUGGAGGAUGAGCGGCUCCGGGUGCAGCAGCUCAAGAGAAAGUCUCUACGAGACCAGUGGUUGAUGGAGGGAGCUCCCCUGUCGCCAACCUCCCUGGACACUCGCAGUCGCUCCCCUGUGGACGGCUCCCAGGACAACCAGCACAUGGAAAAGUUGUCGGAGACGGCAGAGGACAAAGACAAGCUGAAGGUUCAGGUGGAAGACGGCCAAGCGGAGACAGAGACUUUGGCUGAGGCGGAAGAAGAAGUGGCUCAGAAUGAAACGGUGCAGAACGGCGCAGUGUUAGAAUCAAAUGAAGAUGAAGUGAAGACAACCCAAAGCCUGCGUCUGAACAAAACUGACAUUCCCUUAACCAAUGGUACCAAAGAUUCGGAAGUAAACACUAAUGACAGUGACUCAGAGCCAAGUGCUCAGUCCACCAGCACCAACGGGCCGGUCUGCGUUACUGAGGGUGUGGUCAGCUUGAAGGCAGAGCCAGGGCUAAGCCUGGGUGUUUCUGAAGCAGAGGAUGAUGAAGACACCGUGGUGAUGAGGGCCGAGCGCGUGAUCAUCACGGACGAAGGGGACGAUGCGUCUGAGAAAGUGACGCCACAGGAAGGACGCCAGGACGCCGAAAGCCAACAAGAGGAGCCGGCGGAGGGAGCGACGGCGCUAACGGAGCAGGCUGAGUCACCCGGAGCCACUGCAGAGGCGCAGCCAGACGAUAGAAACGCUAACGGAAGCGCAGGUGGUGAAACAAAGGAUGAUGGGCAGAACAAAGCGCCAGCUUCCACCGCCACAGCAGCCCCAGCGCCGGAGCCCUCCCAGUGCUCUCCGGAGGCGGAGCGGGAGGCUGCAGCGUCGCCGGGGCGACCGGCAGCGGCCCAGCCCCCCGCCGCCCCGCCGGGCCCCUUCCAGGAGGUGCCGUUGACCGAUCCUGACGAGAAGCCGAAGGCGGAUAAGGGCGCGGGCGAGCAGGAGCCGCUUCUGCUGCAGACAAGGGCCCAAGUGGUGCAGGGAGCUGCGGACAUCCCAGCCGGCACAGAGACACGCAGCGGAGAGCAGGCCAAGGCAGCCGGUCACAAGAGCUGCCAGUGCUGCUCCAUCAUGUAACACUCUGUGGAUCACACCCCCCAUCCAUUUUUAACUAUUCCCUACCACCACUCCCCACGUGUGACCUUCUGAGCUUUGAUUCCUCCAGGAGGAUGUGAGCUCUCCCAGUCAAAAAGAAGAAGGGAGGUCUGGACGGGACUGGUUAGUGUUAAAGUGCCUUGAGAACCCAGUUGUACACUACUCUCCACACACUGGACCAAAGCUUCAGGUGUCUUUUUUUUUCUCUUACACCAUUUGAGCUGGAUUUAAUUUCCACCCUUUGAAUGCAGCUUCAAGAAAGACUUGAUAUUGUUGCAUUGUGUGUAAUUCAUUUGGUUUUCUAUCAUCCAAAUAUGAUGUAACAGAACAAGUCCAAAGAUUCCAGCGUUCAUAAAACAUACUGUGCUAAUAUACUCGCUUUAAAGUUUUAUUUUUCUCCUAUAGACACAUUUUAAUCAGAGACCUUUAUGGUUUUUACAGAUUUUAAACAUGUAUACACUGAUGGUCAAAGUCAUUGUUGGCUUUGAGGGAGGAAUUAUAUUAGAAUACCUGAAAGUAUGUAUUUGUAUUUUUAUCAAAUGCGCUUUGCAGGUGCCCAGCGAUCACAUAUAAACUGUGUUCUGAAUAUGCUGUGUCUGCGAUAAGUGUAAUGAUUAAACCUGCAUUUGUGAUACACUG